UUUGGGUUCAAGGUCGGAGCUCCGAAAGCCGCAACGGGCUGGUCUCGGCAUCUCACUACGAAGGAGCCCUUGACUUUUGGAGCCGUGACUCUGAGCCUCAACACUCGCUCAACUGUCGCUCCAGUAUCGUCGACGUUCCCCCAACUUCACCUCGCUUAUUUUGCUGCUGCUGCUGCCGCUGCUGCACCGGCGCCGCCAUGUCUUUCAUCACGGUCGCUGCGGCCACGCUGCCCAGCGUGCCUCUGGACUUUCAGGGCAACCGCGACCGUAUCAUUGAGUCGAUUCGCCUCGCCAAAGCAAAGGGCGCAACCUUGCGCACCGGUCCCGAGGUUCCAUCUCCCGCCCAUCGAGUCGAUAGAGGAACAUUGCUAAGGAUCCGUCUCCAUGUAGCUUGAAAUCCCCGGCUAUUCCUGUCUCGAUCACCAUCUCGAGGGAGACACCGUCAUCCACUCCUGGGAAGUCCUCGCCGACAUCAUCAGCGAUGAGGCCUGUAAGGGGAUGCUCAUCGACGUCGGCAUGGGUUGCCGCCACCGCAACAUCCUCUACAACUGUCGCGUCCUCUGCACCUACAAGCGCAUCCUCUUCAUCCGCCCCAAGAUGUCCCUCGCCAACGACGGCCUGUAUCGCGAGACACGCCACUUCACUGCCUGGCCCAAGAAGAUGCAGACGGAGACUUACUACCUCGAGAGCGUCAUUGGCAACAUUACCGGCCAACGCAGCGUGCCCAUUGGAGAUGCCAUCCUCUCUACCCUCGACACCGCCAUUGGGUGUGAGACCUGCGAGGAGAUGUUCACUCCCAGCAACCCUUCCACAUACAUGUCUCUCAAUGGUUGCGAGAUCAUCCUGAACAGCAGUGCAUCCCACGCUGAGCUUCGCAAGCUGAAAACCCGCAUCGACCUCAUCGCCAACUCGACGAGGAAGACGGGCGGCUGCUACGUCUAUGCAAACGCCAUUGGCGUCGACGGAGAGGCGCGCAUGAUGUUCGACGGCUCCUCCAUGGUCCUUCUCAACGGCAAGGUCAUGGAGCAGGGACCGCAGUUCUCUCUUCAGCCCGUCCACGUUCUUACAGCCACUAUUGACAUUGAGGAGAUCCGCAGCUUUCGCUGCAGCAUCUCGCGAAACGUCCAAGGCGCCGCGCAGCCUGACUACCCACGUGUAGAGCUUGACAUGCGCCUCUCUCGGCCGGCCGAUCAAGUCUUUCUCUCCGAUACCAUUCAAAUCUCGCGCCCCAUUGAGCCUCGCAUUCUCGACCCCAUGGCUGAGAUUUGGCUGAGUACGGCCGUCUAUCUUUGGCAGUACUUGACGCGGACAAACUCUGCGGGCUUCUUUCUGAGUCUUUCCGGUGGACUCGACAGCUCCACCGUCGCACUCUUCGUCCACGGCAUGGCAAGGCUCGUCAUAUCAUCGAUAGAAGCGGGCGAAGAGACGACACUGGCUGACCUCAGACGGGUUACUGGAGUCAAAGACCUGACGCCCAAGUCGCCGGAUGAGAUCGUCAACCGCCUGCUCACAACAUGUUAUACGGGCACUGUCAACUCAUCUGAGGAGACUCAGUCGCGUGCCCGGCGCUUAGCCGAGAAGCUUGGGGCGUGGCAUCUGGACAUUCCCAUCGACCCAGCCAUCGAAGCGCACAAGUCGCUCGUUAAGACGGCGUUGAACUUCACGCCGAGUUAUAGUGUAGAGGGCGGCACGCAGGCGGAGAACCUGGCGCUGCAGAACCUGCAAGCGCGCAACCGCAUGGUAGUGCAGUACACCCUCGCUCAGUUAGUGACUACGGCCAGAAAACUGCCCCGAGCUGGCUCGGCUUUGUUGGUGCUCACCAGCGGCAACGUGGACGAGAACCUGCGCGGCUACUACACAAAAUACGAUGCCUCGUCGGGAGACAUUGCCCCGUUGGGAAGUAUAUCCAAGAAUGACGCGAAACGUUUUCAGGCGUGGGCGCGUGAGAAUUGGGACCUUCCCAUCAUGACGGAAUUCAUCGAAGCAACGCCGACGGCGGAAUUGUUGCCACUAUCAGCUGGUGUGCAGGAUGAUGAGUCUGAAAAUGAGAUGGGCCUCACAUACGACGAGCUCUCCAUGUUUGGCAUCCUACGCAAGGUGGACAAGCUCGGGCCGUGGUCGUGCUACCUCCGCCUUCUGGGCGUCUGGAAAGACAAGGAGGGGAUGACGCCCAAGAAGAUUGCCGAAAAGGUUAUGCGCUUUUUCAGAAACUAUGCCAUCAACCGACACAAGGCAACCAUCAUCACCCCGUCGAUCCAUUUGUCUGCCUACAACCCUGACGAUAAUCGAGCGGAUGAGCGGCCAUUCCUGUACGUUGUGAAUUGGCCGUGGCAAUUCAACAAGAUUCGCGACCACGCAGAAGAGCUGGAGCGCCGGCUGAGCAAGGUGGCGCAUAACGUAUGAGGGGCAUUGCGACCGUAUCUAGACUCCGAAUAGACUGGACGAGUAGACGUCGAAUGUCUACUUUCCCCCCUGAAUUAUGCAGCCAACGUUCGAUUCCGGGGAG